AUGGAAAUACCGAAAUUAAUAACAUUACUAUGCUGCGCUAGCAUUUGUCUCGCAUCACAUUACACCCACACGAUACCAGUAGAAGGUUAUGAAACUGAGUUGCAGGAUCUUGGUCAACAUGUGGAAGUACCCGAAACUCCAGUUAAAGUAAUAAAAAUAACUAAAACAAUUGCAGUGAAAAUUCCUGUACCUUACCCGGUAAAGGUAGUGGAAAAGGUGCCUUAUCCUGUUCAUGUCAACAAACCAUAUCCUGUACCAGUACCUCACAUUGUUAAAGUUCCCGUAGCGCACAAUCCUAGCCACGGUCAGGAAGCUCUCGACGUCGGACAUGGAAGCCAGUUCCAAAAUCGACAACACGACGGUAACUCAUAUCAAGUGCAAGAAUCUCCUCAUGAUAUAUCAACAGGCGGCGAAACGCACGAUGGUUCUAACUCUUAUGACGAAGGUAAUCACGAAAAUAGCUAUGGAGCCAAUGGUGAGGAAAAUAAUCAGGGCGGUAGCUAUUAUGCACACCCCUCGCAAGACAUUCACGGAUUUUCUGGCGACCAAGAUGGCCAUAAUUCUUAUCAAUCGAAUAGUUACGAUCAAGCUAUCCAGAACUAUUUAAGCAAUUUGAAACCAAAUGAAAACAUUGGUGGAUCAAGUGGUUAUCAUUAGCAUUUAUACUGUUUUAACAUAUAGUUUACUAUAAGGUACCUGACUGUCAUGAAGAAAGAGUUUCAACAUUAUACGAAUAUUACAAAAAGGUGUAAUUCAAAGGUGCAUUCAUAGGUAGGUAGAAAAUGCCAAUCGUGUCAUUGUAAAUAGUAGCGUGAUAACUUUCACAUAAACUGGGAGGACUUUAGAAAACACAUUAAAAGCAGGUUUAUGUUAACUGAAGGAUUUUAUGCAUUUU